CUGGUGCGUCACGAGGGAGUUCCUUAAAGGGGAAGUGAGCGGGCUCCCGGCGGACGCGCGGGGAGGCGGUCGGCUGGGGACGCGCCCGGCGCUUCAAAAUAAUGCCCGCGGCGGACGCGCGACCAUGCAAUGGCGAGCGCUCGUCCUGGGGCUGGUGCUGCUGCGCCUCGGCCUCCAUGCGGUGCUCUGGUUGGUCUUCGGGCUGGGGCCCAGCAUGGGCUUCUACCAGCGGUUUCCGCUCAGCUUCGGCUUCCAGCGCUUGAGGGACCCGGACGGCUCGGGACCAGUUGGUCCGCCCGGAGGCCCGGCCUGGCUUCAUCGGCCAAGACGCGGGACGGAGGGGCGGCUUGAGACCCCACCAGAGACCGGACCGACCCCGGGACCGGGCGUGUGCGGCCCGGCGCACUGGGGCUAUGCCCUGGGCGGCGGUGGCUGCGGCCCGGACGAAUACGAGCGGCGCUACAGCGGCGCCUUCCCGCCGCAGCUGCGUGCCCAGAUGCGCGACCUGGCGCGGGGCAUGUUCGUCUUCGGCUAUGACAACUACAUGGCGCACGCCUUUCCGCAGGACGAGCUCAACCCCAUCUACUGCCGCGGCCGGGGGCCUGACCGCGGAGACCCUUCCAAUCUGAACAUCAAUGAUGUCCUAGGGAAUUACUCUCUGACUCUGGUUGAUGCCCUGGAUACACUGGCAAUAAUGGGAAAUUCAUCCGAGUUCCAGAAGGCAGUCAAGUUAGUGAUCAACACUGUUUCAUUUGACAAGGAUUCCACAGUCCAGGUCUUCGAAGCUACGAUAAGGGUUCUGGGAAGCCUCCUUUCUGCUCACAGAAUAAUAACUGACUCCAAACAGCCCUUUGGUGACAUGACAAUUGAAGAUUAUGAUAAUGAAUUGUUGUACAUGGCCCAUGACUUGGCUGUGCGGCUCCUUCCAGCCUUUGAAAACACCAAGACAGGGAUCCCCUAUCCUCGGGUGAAUCUGAAGACAGGUGUUCCUCCUGACAGCAAUAAUGAGACCUGCACAGCGGGGGCCGGUUCUCUCCUGGUGGAAUUUGGGAUUCUGAGCCGGCUGCUGGGGGAUUCCACUUUUGAGUGGGUUGCCAGACGAGCUGUGAAAGCCCUCUGGAACCUGCGGAGCAACGAUACAGGAUUACUAGGCAAUGUUGUGAACAUCCAGACAGGCCAUUGGGUUGGAAAGCAGAGUGGCUUGGGUGCUGGGCUGGAUUCCUUCUAUGAGUACCUCUUGAAAUCUUACAUUCUUUUUGGAGAAAAAGAAGAUCUAGAGAUGUUUAAUGCUGCGUAUCAGAGCAUCCAGAGCUACCUGCGAAGAGGCCGGGAAGCCUGCAACGAAGGAGAAGGAGACCCACCGCUCUACGUCAACGUGAACAUGUUCAGUGGGCAGCUCAUGAACACCUGGAUUGACUCGCUGCAGGCUUUCUUCCCUGGGCUGCAGGUUCUGAUAGGGGAUGUGGAAGAUGCCAUCUGCCUACAUGCCUUCUACUAUGCCAUAUGGAAGCGGUACGGGGCCCUCCCUGAGCGCUAUAACUGGCAACUCCAAGCCCCUGAUGUUCUCUUCUACCCUCUGAGACCAGAGCUAGUGGAGUCUACAUAUCUCCUGUACCAGGCAACCAAGAAUCCCUUCUACCUCCACGUAGGAAUGGACAUUCUGCAGAGUCUUGAAAAAUACACAAAAGUCAAAUGUGGAUAUGCUACGCUGCAUCACGUCAUAGACAAGUCUAAAGAAGACCGGAUGGAAAGCUUCUUUCUCAGCGAGACUUGCAAGUACUUGUAUCUGCUAUUUGAUGAAGAGAAUCCAGUACACAAAUCUGGAACCAGAUACAUGUUUACAACUGAGGGCCACAUCAUAUCUGUGGACAAACGUCUUCGGGAAUUGCCUUGGAAGGAAUUCUUCUCUGAAGAUGGGGAGCGGGACCAAGAGGAAAAGUUUGUACACAGACCUAAGUCUCAGGAGCUCAGAGUCAUUAACUCCAGUUCUAAUUGCAAUCGUGUUCCUGAUGAGAGGAGAUACUCCCUGCCCUUAAAGAGCAUCUACAUGCGCCAGAUCGACCAGAUGGUUGGCUUGAUUUGACCUGCUCACUUCAAUGUGGCCAGAACUUAAACCAAACCCAAGCGUACCAAAAUCUCCUCUGAGGUGGAAGCGGUGGAGUCUGUCCAUCUGUGAUGCUGUCGAAGUUUCUGUCCAGCUCUUACUCACCUCUGGUUGAAUCUUGCACUUAGUGCUUUUUAGUGUUUCCCUUCUGUUUAAUAAAAGACUCUAUUUUUUCUGAAGGAUAAACUUA